AUGUGCGACGACAUCAUCGAUGCACUCAAAGACGACCGUCAGAGUCUGAAAGCAUGUUCCUUGACCAGUCGCGAUUGGACUCCGCGUGCCCGUACGCACUUGUUCCAUUCGGUCGUUGUGGAGGGUGUUGCAGCGUAUGACGGUUGGGAGUCUUUCCUGAAGUCAUCUCCUGGAAUCGCUGCCUACAUUCGGCGUCUUACCUUACGUGGCGAUGAGCCAGCCCCACCCGGGGAGCGGGAAAGACUGAAAGAGUGGACACCGAUAUUUACUCACCUGAAUUUUCUAGAAGAGCUUGUGGUAGAAUGUUGGGCCCUGGGUCCUACGGAGAAGCUAUGGGUAGACCUACUUCCCGUGGUGAGAUCGCUGCGUCUCAGAUGCAUUGCCAUUCCCGAAGUAGAUCUCACGUAUCUGUUCUCGGCAUGCACUCAAAUUUCCCAGAUAUCCCUCUGGAUGGUCUCCACAGAGAGAAACGGAGAGUGUACCUUUGGAAAUCCUGAUCUACCCCCUAUGCCUCCGCUUCCGAUACAUGUGUCUGAGCGCGGCUUCGGAACGCUGACCACCUUCAAAUGCACCUAUACGGAGAGGAUAGUGACAUGGUUCCUCAGCAGCCCCUUCAAAAUGUGCAUUCGCGACCUAGAAUUGACCUGCUCCUCUAACUACCCGGAUUCUGACUACCACAUGGGCACAUUCCUCGCACUCUCUAAAUCAACCUUGGAGCACCUGGAAUUCUCGAUUCACGGCGCCCUUCCUCCUAGUUGGAGUGAACAUUUCAAUCUAGAAGGAAUGGAUAAACUGGCGACUCUGUAUAUCGAUCAGAGGCCCACUUAUUCGUUAGAAGCCGAGCAUAAGUUUACCUGGAUGCUCUCCAUCUUCGAUCAUAUCGCCAGCUGUACGCUCCCCAGCUUGAAAGAAGUGCACAUUACGAUCGAAAGCCUUUGCUUUGCGACGUUGAUUAGUGUUCUACCAGUCGCUGAUACCCCGACUAACCUGACAGAUGGCCCAUCAGCCACUGAUAUCCCGGCUAACUUGGCUAGCGUUCCACCAAUCGUCGAUGCCCUGGCGAACUUGGGACAAAAGCACCCCAAGUUAACUGUCAUUUUUGACGUCUCUGAAAUCACCGGCUCUGAUACGUGGGAAGAGGAAACGCGGAAAGUUGCAUUAGAAGUGUUUCCCAACAAGAAUAGGGAUCAAUUCCGGGUUGUUCCCACUAGGCUGGAUUACCGGCUAUGUGCUUUCAGAUGCUAUCCGUUAGACGAGGAUUUGGACUUCGGUGGUUUUGAAGUGAUUCCCGUGUAUGAUCGUAAUAUAGUGUAA